CCUCGGUGGUUGAAGCAGGAAUAACGAGCCCCGGAGAAGCGGGACGCGGCGCCCGUGAGCUCCAGCUGCUACCUCUGGCUGACACUGAAUGAUGCUUGUUGUUUGGCAGCCCCGGGCUGUCGAUGCUGUCCCCGGGGAUUGUUGGUGAUGAUGAUGGAGGAAGACUUUUCACUCCAGAGCAAUAUGAGGAGUACAAGAGGAAGGUGCUCCCUCUACGGGUGAAAAACAGGCUGUACGUGAGCUUUGGGGUGCCGGGAGCUAUCGACUGCAAACUCAUCGGUCCUGAGACACAGUGCUUCUGCACACAUAGGUACAAACAACACAAGACAGACUUUGAAGUGGUUCCCUCUGAGAGACCCCUCGCCCUGCCAUGCCGGGUCAGAGGAUGUCAUUGUCCUGCCUAUAAGUAUGUUUCCAGGAUUGGGCCAAACCCUGUCCGCUGCAGGUGUAAACACCUGCCUCAGGAUCACAGUGAAGCUACUGGACACCUCUGCAAAAAGUGCAGUUUCUGUUCUGGGUUCCAGAGUCCCUUUACCUGUGGCUGUGGCCAGCCCAGCUCUGCACACCAGACCCUGGUUGAGACAAAACUAGAGCGGGAGGCUCGAGGUCGGCCCUCAGGCAGAGAUGUCCCUUAUGCAGCCAUGGGGGGGCUGACAGGGUUCACCUCCUUACUGGAUGGUUAUCUGGCUUUGGAAGCCAGUAGCUCAGAUCAAGUCAGAGACGAUGGCUGCCAGCAGAGAUGCACAGCGUCAGGGAUCAGAGGAGCGUCUCCGGAAGCUUCCAGCUCUUAUUUAUUGUGAGAGAGAGAGAGAAGACGUAGAGAUGCUCCUAAAGGUCCGUCUGUCAAACUGCCCAUUACAUAUUGGACAAUUCAGAUUCAUCAAAUAAAAUCUUUAAUCUUGUCAAAAG